AUGAGGGCCUGGAUGUACCACCGCGUCACAGGCCCGUUGGAAAAGAGCCUGACCCUGGAACUCUCCGCCCGCAGCCCUCUCACCCUGCGACCGGAUCAACUCCUCAUCCAAAUCAUCUCCGCCUCCAUCAACCCCGCUGACUUCAAAGUUCCCGAGAUGGGGAUAGUAUCGCGAGCCAUCGUCGCGCCUCCUGCGACCCCCGGGAUGGAUUUCUGCGGCCGAGUAGUCACCACGGGCCCCUCGGUCAAGAUAUUCCAACCUGGUCAACUGGUGUACGGAAGCACGGCGGUGCCGGUGCAGUUCGGAUCCCUUGGAGAGUACAUGACCGUUGCCGAAAAGAAUCUAGCGCCUCUCCCAGAGGGCGUGGAAGUGGAUCAUGCAGCGACGCUGGGAGUCGCCGGGUUGACGGCGUAUCAGGCGACCGUGCCGUAUGUGACAGCGGGGGAUAGGGUGUUCAUUAAUGGGGGAUCAGGAGGAUGUGGAAUCUUUGCCAUCCAGUUUGCUAAAUUGCUAGGGUGUCAUGUUACCACCACGUGUUCGACUCGGAAUGUGGAAUUUUGUGAGCAGCUGGGCGCCGACGAGGUGAUCGACUAUACGGCCCAAGAUGUAAUGGCGGUUCUCAAGGAGAAGGGCCAAGUAUUUGCACAUGUGAUCGAUCAUAUCGGGUCCCCGGCAACUCUGUAUCAGUAUUGUGAUGCGUUUCUGCUGCCUGGGAAGGUUUUUGUUCAGGUCGGCGCGGCAUCGUUUCUGACGUUUGCGAAUCGGUUGGUACGGCCCAGUUUCCUCGGGGGAGGCAAGAGAAAGUACGAUAUUCUGCUGUGCAAAAUGAGACAAGAUGAGCUGGCGCAGAUCGGUCAGUGGGUUCAGGAGAGGAAAGUCAAGGUUAUAGUUGACAGUGUCUUUGAGUUUGAAGAGGUCAUCCAGGCUUUUGAGAAGCUACGGACUGGGAGGACGAGGGGCAAAAUUGUUAUCCACGUCUCAGAGCAGCCUUGA